AUGCUUUUGCCGCAGUUGUCGAUGGACGGCGCGCGUGUAAUGAACUCAAUAGGUCGCAACAUGCGAUCCCAAUGAUAAGUGCCAGUGAUAAGCCACUACGACGGAGUGUGAAAAUUCAAGAUAGGAAAAAACGAAAGUUCUAUUUUGGCAAAGUUUCUAUUCGUUGUAUGAAUCCUUACAUAAUAUAUUCAAAGGAUAAAAAACGGAAGGCAACUCAGUAAAGGGAAGCUUCCAUGUAAAGAUUAAUUACUCAUACGCACUGUUGUACAAAUCCAAAGAAUGAGCUGUGAUUUUUGAAAUUUUUUUGUUUCCACAUACGUACAAAAGUAAGAAAUAAUUAAGUAGAUAAGAAAUGAGAUGAGAUCCUAAAGUGCAAAGCUAAUUUUUAAAAUUAAUAAAAAUAAAUAAAUUUUGUCCGAAGGCGGUUCCAAGUUAAAAUUAAAAAAAACUCUACAAAUACUGCCCCAAAAUAAAGGAUUAAAUAAAAAAAUAAAAAAUAGAAAAAAAAUAUAUACACAAAUUCCAAUUCACGCCGACAGAAAAAAGACACAUUUCAAUUGAGUAUUUGUUUUAAACUAACCAACUCCACAUUCUCGAAAUGUUCAGCCGCAGCAAUUCGCAUCCUGGCAAUGCACCAAAUGAUGCAUACACGCAAGGGUAUACCAACACUACGCCAGUCAAGCCCAAAGAAACCACUUCAAAAGCUCCCGAACGUGAUUCUGAUCGUGGCCAUUGGGGUUCGAAAACAGAAUUUAUCUUAUCCUGCAUUGGCUAUGCGGUUGGCAUUGGCAAUGUGUGGCGUUUUCCCUAUCUGUGCUAUCGAAGUGGAGGAGGUGCAUUUUUGGUACCUUAUCUACUAAUGUUGUUUUGUUGUGGCAUUCCUUUAUUUCUUAUGGAAAUUGUUAUGGGCCAAUUUUCCAGCGUUGGCUGCAUAGGCGUAUUUCGCUUGGCUCCUUUAUUUAAAGGCGCUGGCUUCGCCAUAGUAAUUGUGAAUUUCAUUUGCACUUGCUACUACUCUGUGAUUAUUGCCUAUCCAAUAAUGUUUUUAAGUAAACUAUUUUCGCAAAAAUUACCAUGGAUUGAUUGUAAGAACCCGUGGAAUACGGAGUAUUGUGUAGAGGUUUUAGAUUUAGGUAAUGGUAAUUUUACUCAUCAUACGGGUUUUCGCACGCCAGCCGAUGAAUUUUUUCAUCAUGAAAUAUUACAAGUAUCCGAUAGUAUUGAAGAAUUGGGUGGCAUAGUUUGGCCGCUAUUUUAUUGUCUAAUCUUUGUAUGGCUCUCCGUAUAUGUCUGCAUUAUUCGCGGCAUAAAAACAGUUGGCAAAGUUGUAUACUUCACGGCGGUCUUCCCAUUCUUCAUACUCUUCGUAUUGUUCAUACGCGGUAUUACUUUGCCUGGUGCUAUGAAAGGCAUUUUGUUCUACAUCAAACCGGAGUGGUCUCGUCUUUUGGACCUUAAAGUUUGGGCUGAUGCUGCAAUACAAAUAUUCUUCUCAUUGGGACCUGGUUGGGGUGGUAUUGUGAAUAUGGCAAGCUUUAAUAACUUUCGAAAUAACGCCAGAGGUGAUUCGUUUGUCAUACCGAUAGUGAAUUGUACGACUAGCAUAUUUGCGGGAUUCGUAGUUUUCUCUGUGCUGGGUUUCUUGUCACAUCAGUCAGGUAUACCUGUCGCCACUGUGGCCACUUCUGGCCCUGGACUAGCAUUUGUGACAUAUCCUCAGGCAAUCGCUAUGCUACCACUGCCGCAUUUGUGGGCUGCACUUUUCUUUUUCAUGCUGUUCCUGCUUGGCUUGGAUAGUGUGUUUGUGCAAAUUGAGGCUAUUAUAUCGUCCGUCGUCGAUGAGGUACCAAAACUGCGUAGACAUAAAGCACUCGUCACAUUGGGCUCGGUCAUAAUUAUGUUUCUGAUGUCGAUCAUUAUGGUGACACGGGGCGGCAUGUUUAUUCUCCAACUACUUGACUGGUAUUCUGCUUCCAUUUCGGUAAUACUCAUUUGUUUGCUGGAAGUUGUGAUGGUCGCCUGGAUUUAUGGAGUAGACAAUUUCAUGGAUGAUAUUUACUUCAUGAUUGGCAAGAGGCCUGAGAUCGGUUGGAAAAUUUGUUGGGUGUAUAUAACGCCGACUAUAUUAAUCGGCAUGUUUUUCACCACCAUCAUAUUCAAUCGCGAUAUAACGUACAACGGUAUUAUAUAUCCACGCUGGGCUAUAGCUCUUGGUUGGUUCAGUUGUUGUGUAUCAAUCGCUUGCAUUCCAGUUUAUAUGAUAUAUGCGCUAAUGCGCGGGAAGGGUUCCGUGAUGGAGACUUUGCGAAAGCAACUGCAAGCCAUCGACUGGACGCCGGCAAGUGAGGAACAUCAGCUUGAAUAUGAGGAGUAUCAGCGUUCACGCAAAUUGACAUGCGAACUCAAUAAUAUCAGAGUAGAAACGGUAGCUACGAUAAGAGUAUGAAGUUAUUAAAUGUGAAUGCAUAUAUAGAGUUACAAUGUUAUUUGUAAAUGAUAGAAAAGUGCAUACAUCUGUAUACACAUAUGUAUGAAUGUAUUGUAUAUUUAUAAAUACAUUUUUAUUUCCAUAAACAAUUUUAGCGACAUAGACAUUUUAAAAUCACGAAAAUAAAAUGUAAGCAU